AUGGUCACCCAGAAACCUGGAGAGGCUUAUCUCCUGGAAUGCCUAGCCCCAACCUUUCAAAGUGGCUGUGAAGCAUUAAUGGUAUGGGGGUGUAUCUCCCAUGGGUAUAAGGGGCCACUUAUCCAACUGGAGAUGGCUCCCUGGCUGCAAUUGCAUAAUGGGAGGUGGAGGGGGGGAGGGUUCAACUUGGAAGGAUAUGUUAUGCAGGUCCUAAAUGGUCCACUUAAGGACUUCAUUGCACAGAUGGAGAAAGUCAAGGGACAUAGGAUGCUAGUAGUUGAAGAUGGGGCCCUGGCACACCAAGGAAAGCUAGCCAAACAGGCUUGUGAAGAACUUGGUAUUAAACACAUUGCACACCCCCCAAGUUCACCAGACCUAAACCCAAUAGAACCAUUAUGGAUGGAACUUAAGCAACAUGUGUACAGUACCCCUGGGGCCCAAAGAAGUCUUGAGCACCUUUGGAAUGCCACUGAAGCUGCCUGGAAAUCCUUCACAGCAGAUGAUAUCAACAAGUACACACAGAAAAUGCCAUCUUGGGUAACAGCUUUAGUUAAGUCAAAGGGACUCCCAACAAAGUUCUAA